AUCUACUCAAUUGAAUGAUCAUCCAUUUUUAUUUUUAAAAUACAACAAAUAACUGAAAGAAGGCUUUUCUCAACAGAAAUUUAAACAUUACAACAUAAUUUUUAGUUCUUUAUGUAUGAAAAAGAAGAAAAAACAUGACAGACAUAUUACACUCACACAUGUUGAUACCCCUCUCCACCUUUCACACUUCCUAAGACUCACCUACCCCAUGGGCAUUAGGUACUUUAAGGACACACUCAUACCUUAACAGAAAUGAGCAAGAAACAUUUCAAGCACAUCAAAUCAAAUACACUUCACAUCAUAAUUUCUUCUAAAUGUAUUUUAAAGCCAUAAAAUUAAGUCAGUCAAAUUAUUAAUUCACGCAACUUUUUAGGAAAUAACUUUAGUACACAACAAAGAAAUUUUACACUUUCCCUCAACCUGCCUCCCCUUAGUGGUUUAAGAUCCAGGAUGAUGCAGUUUUUAUAGCCCUUUUGUCAAUGCUCAUUGACAGGGGCCUUAUUGUUGUGGGCCCUUUUGACAUCAUCAUCAUUAAUAUCCAGUGGCCAAUAGGGUAUGUGUCCUUUGUUGUUGUCCAUGUUGAAGGAUUCACACACUCUGUCUGUGUAGAGUUCCAUCGCUAUCUGUAGCUGCCCGGUAGUUCAUUAUUGAACAUUAGGUAUAGUGGACAACUCAGUGAUGAACCUUUUGGGAGCCCUUUUUCCAGGACACAUUUUGAUGAAGUGGCAUUAUAUUGAUAGUCUAAUUUUUUUUCUCAUUAUCACUCAAUUCAUUAUUUAAUUUGGAUAUUCGUUGAGUUUUUAAUUAAGAAGAUAAGCCAAGGGUAGAACAAUAUUAUUUAUUUUCUGUAAAUAAUAAAUGAUAACAAUUAUUUAGGCCAAGUGUUUCUAUUGUAACAAUUUUCAGUUCACAACUAGAUUAGAAAUAAUUAAUAAAAUUCAGCUUUUUUUCUUUUCAGUUAACAAGCUGAAAAAUAAUAAUGCCUCUCAACGCUAGUGGAAAUAGUGUCCUUCCUGAUAGUGGGGAGACUAUUGAGAAUUCAAGGGGGCCAGUGACAAGAGAAUUUAGCAUCAAUAGUUUUGAAGAGUUUUUGGUAAAAUAUUUUUAUUUUUUUUUUUUUUUUGGUGGUCUGUUGUAACUCUCAGUGAUAUGAAAGGGGAACACCUUCUUUGUCAUUUAAAAUUAUUCAAUGGCCUUAUUAAACUCAAAGAUUGGUUACUGCCAGGAAGUCUGUCUUCCUUUGCAAUUUAUUGACAGGUGCUCAGAACUUGAGUGUAAACCCAUGUGUCAUCCGGUCUGAAAUGGCAGUUCAUAGUGUCAAUACCUUUAUGUGGUUUUGAAAAUUUGAUCUGUUUUAAAAAAAAAAAUGUAACAAAGGACUAAACACCAGUACACAAAGAAACAAGACCAAAGCCAGCGAUGCUAAAAAUAUUAAAUUUAAUUAUUCUUUAAAAAUAUAAAUUGAAAUUUUUAAGAAAAAAAAAUAAUAUCAACCUACAGCACAGCAAGUGAAAAGGUAAAACCCUCGAAAAAUUAUUAAUUUACACACAUACAUAAAGCGUAAAAUCAGGCACUUAUAUAACAUCUUGUAUUGUUAGGAAAUAUAGCAAAAAUCUUUUCCCCCAGCUAGAUAAGCUGCCGGCCUAUAUAAAAAAUAUACAUAUCACCAUGUAAAAAAGAAAGUCAAGAAACGUAAUCACCUGAUAGCAUUCUUUAGAACAAAUGGAACGCAUUAGAACAUAAACAACCUUUUCAUAUCAAGGCUUGGGUGGGUAAGGAGUGACACAGCACAUUUACUCUGUUAAGUCAAUAUCAUAGCAAAACAAAGGGAGACAAGUGGUGGUGGCUUAAAAUAGCCAUACACGUAUGCCAUAACAAUAGCUGCCAGAUAAGGAAACAGUUGCAGGAAGUGUUCAGGGCUCUGUUCCCUUGAACUGUAGUGCCAAUGGGUGUUAUCUUUCAAAUCAGAUCUCCUGCUCUGUUGUUGUGGUGUUGAACCACCAAUUUAUGAUUAACACUUACUCCUAUUUUUAACCAUGGAAACUUGUGCAAGGCUAAUUUUCCUUUUAAGAUACUCAAAGGUUCUUUAAAAUGGGUCCCUUUUAUAAUAUAAGAGUUUUAUUGUAAGACUCUUUUAUAACUUUUAACAUAUUUCCAACAAUUAGGCUAUUCAAUUUUGCUCUACUACUAAAUGAAAUGAUGACAGUUUGAUACUGCUAGUCAUGUAUAGACCUAAUAACUUUUUUUUAGUAGGAAUAAAUCCUUAAUGUUAAUAUUUCCAAUUACAAUUUCUUCUACCUUUGUUAAUUAUUUAUUUUAUUUUUAGAGAGACUUGAAAGAACACAGAGAGCAUGGUAAUCAAAUUCUUGAUAGUGUAUCCAAAGAUCGUGGAAAAGCUCAAUUUGAGAAUGUGAGUUGUUUUUGUUUUUAAAAAACAGAAAAGAAGACUUUAAAUUAACAAUAACCUAAUUGAAUGAAAAAGACAAUUUUCUUAAGUCCUGGAUGGCAAAACUUAAAUCUUUAAAAAGUGUAUAAUUUACUUUAUAAAUUAUUAUAAUACUAGUUAUAGCCCGCCAAACAUUGGCGAUGGCAAUGCGUGAACUUCCCAUCUACUAAAGUUACUUGACAAAACAUGAACUCAAUUAUCGCACAUUUAUGAAUUCCAAUUUUUGCUAGCCCCCCCAUGAUACUUCACUGCACACUUUUUUUUUCACGCCCAUGAACUAUAUUAAAAAUUCUGAUGUCCCAAACACUUUUAAACUGAAAAUUUUUUUUUUACACCAUACUUAAACUGAGACGAUUUCAUUUAUCAAAAAAUAUUACGCACCAAACGAAGUUGCGUUAUUAUUAGCGUAGUUAUCGGGAAUUAUAUUUUGCGCGCUAGUGAACUCAUUAUCUAUAUAUAGCCUGCAUGGUGGUGGUGGUGUUUGACCUUUGCUGGCGAUUUAUAUAUGUAGAUAUUUAUUUAAAAUUUGAAUUGUUUGAGUUUUUAAAAUUUAAGUCAGAUUUAUUUGCUUAACUGAAGUAUACUUAAUGAAAAAAAAACUACUAAUCAGCACCAUUUCUAAUUUAAAUUAAAUUAGUUUCAGAUUUAUAAAGAAAAAUAUAGUGUACUGUGGAAAAUCUAUAAUAUUCAGUUAUGUACUAACAUAAACAAUAUGUCAAUUAUUAACACUUUUGAGAUGGAGCCUUUUUUGGAGUGUCUGUGCCUAGUAGACUGAGCCCUUUUCACAAGCUCUGCACUCAAAUCGCCAAAAUAACUAUAAAAAAUAAACUAAUUACUUUACAAGUAUAAAACUAUAUAUAUUCUUGUAUGGAAUUGAAUGAACUAAUAAGAUCUUUAUGAAUCAAACAGAAAUCUCAACAUUUAUGCAAAUGAUAUAUCCUGAUUUGCAUAAUUUGUGCAUGCAAUUUUUAUUUAAACUUAGAAUAAACACAUCUUACUUGUAGAUUUUUGUUAAAUUUUAUGAUUGUUGAAGUCUAAAUAAGUCCUAAAUCAUUUUGGUAUGAGAUUCAGUGUGGGAAAAACUGCAUGAAAUAUACCACUGGGGCUGCUUGAUGCCUUUUGACAUAUUUCAAGGUCACAUAGUUUAAAACAUUUUUAGAAGUCACUAGGUACAAAAAAAAUGAUAUAAAAUGACAGAACAUCGUAAAAUAUCAUAGGAAGCCGCUAUUAAAAUGGCAAGAUGAGCAAGAAAUGCGAGAAGCAACCUGACUAGCUGGUACAUAGACCGGCCAGCCAGGCUUGAAUUAUCGGGUUGAUGAAUCGGCCAUUUGUCUUUUUCAACCGUUUGACCCUGGGCCGAUAGAUUAGCCCAGCCAUCCCAAGAGGGUUAAAAUUAAUUGCCUAUGCUUAUGCUGAAAUAAAAUUGUAUAAUUUGUUAUAUUUGUUUAAGGCUCAUUAAAUUUUUUAAAAAAAUGUAUGUCUUAAAAUCAUUUUCAGAUAGCCCAGAAUGUUUGGGAAAGAAAAACAAGGUUAGAUAUGGCUGUUCACCACCUGGACAACAAGAUUUGUGAUCUAGAAAUAAACAUCAAAGGUCAAACUCAGCUUAGCUUUGACAAUGAGCUAGAAAAACAGGAUCUGGAGAGUCUGAAGGCAUUCGUUAGUAAAAUUGUUAAUUGUAUUUGACAAUGUUUAAACUUGUGUUUAACUAUUUAGAAUAAUACAUGUGGGACUGUGUUAAAGCCCCAUGAAGGAAAUAUUGGAACCAUAUAUGUUUAGGCUUGAAAUGAAAAGACAGGACAAAGAAACCGAUUCUUUAAAAUCUUGUUUAAACAAAAACAAGGGUCAAACCGAACUCAUCCGUACGUACCAUCCUCGGUAUGUGAUCGCCCCCCAAAAAAAUAUUCUUAAAGAUUAGUCAUAUACUUCUUGCUGACCCCGACACAAACAGGCUGUUCUUGUCCCCUUCACUUAAUGUCUUCAGGUGGGAUAAAAAUCUUGUUCACGGUCCUCUUCAAGCCAACCCAUCUCAUGUUGGGAUCAAACCAUGUUCAAGAAGCUGUUGUAGGACUUGUCCUUAUGUACUGGAAGCUAAACACAUUGGCCUCCCUAGGGGGCCUUUUACUAUCAUAGAGGGCAUCACAUGUAUUAGUCACAAUCUGAUUAUUUGCUGAAGAUGCCGCUCCUGUUAUAUAGUGGAGAUGGGAAGAAGGCUAUCUGACAGGUUCGGUGAGCAUCUUUGUGAUAUUGAACAAAACAAACCAUCCCUUGUCUCAAACCCAUUUCAACAGAGGUGUUCAUAAGGACACAUCAGAUGUAUCCAUCUCGUCACUGAUUUCUUGCAAUAAUGCACCAAUGAGAGUGAAUAGUGAAAAUCAAUUAAUUCAAAUUUUCAGCACCAUAUCACCAUUUGGAAUCAAUAAAAUGCCUUCUUACUGGUGGUCCAUCCAUUUCAAUUCUCAUUUUUUCUUGUUUAAAAUCAUAAAGUUUACAUUAAAAAUACUUAAAUUCUUUUACCUCCUGUAAUCUCUAACAAAAUUUCCAUCUCUAACAAAGAGUGCCUCCUUCUAGGCUUCCAAUAUUGAUAUCAUCUAAUACAUCCUUUUUAAAAAAAAAAAAAAAUUCUUCGUUGUUUCUUGUUUUGCAUUGUCCACUGAAGAAGGCAAUUAGCCGAAAUGUUCACUUCCCUUCAGUUCAAGGCUAAACAUAUAUUGUUCCGAUAUUUCCUUUAACUAUUUACAGUGGUUUUUGAUUAGGGCUGGUGUUGUGAGAAGCAGUUAAUGUUUGCUCUUUGUAAAAGGGUCUGUUUUAUUUUUUGUGUGGCUAAAACUGUACAAUGUUAAAAUUUAGGGUAUUAUAAAUAAAUGGACAAUGUGAAAAAAUAUUUUUAACUAAAUAGAUGGUCAGUUUGUAAUAAUCUUUUUGGUUAAAACAGUCCAAUGUUAAAAUUAAGGUAUAAUUUAUUGCAUAAUAAAUAAAGUGCCAGUGUUAAAUAAUGUUAUGAAAUUAAAUAUAUGAAUUCCUUCCCUUGGCUGUAUAUUGGAUUUUUAAUUUAAAUUUGUUGUGCACCAUCUUAUCCAUGGCAUUGACACCACAUGAUGCCACAGAUUGUGUGUUACCACAUGAUGCCACAGAUUGUGUGUUGCACACCACACUUCAUGAAAACAGAUAGGUUUUUUUUUGGAAAAAACUGCCGGCUAAUCAAACUAGAACUCAUCAAGCCAUAUAAAUAAAUUAUAAUAUAAAAAAAAUAGUUGAGUUUCAUGCAGCUGAAGUUCUUAUCUAUUAUUUUCAUUGAUGGAUCCUUUAAGCUCAAACUUAUUAACAAUAAAUGUAAUCUGAAUAUGUAAUGUUUAAAUGUGUAAAAUCCAUCAUCGUUCUUUUUUUUUGAGAUAUUAGUAUAAAUGGCAAAAUUUGAAAAAAUGUGCAUUUCGUUGAAUGUGAAGACCUAACUUUCUGUAAGAAAAUAAAUCAUUCAUUAACUUAAGCCAUGUUGACUUAAAUGAUAAUUUUGUCAACUUUCAGAGGUUGUUAGUUGAGAAGGAGACAGAGAGGGAAGAGAUCUACAAGACAAAGGCCAUGGAAGUAAUUGUCCUUCUGUUCUUAUUUACUUAAAACUAUUUAAAUACUUUAUUUUCUAAUAUCAUUAUUAAAUGUUUCUUUGCUUUAGUAUUAGACUAAUUAUGAAUUAUCCCUCGGGAAGACUACAAUACUUUUAUUUUUUACAAAUUUUCCCAAUCACCGAACAAAGAGGGUGGUCUUGUAAGGGCAGUAUUUUUUUGGUCAAAUUUCUUAUGCUGUUAUGGCUUAUGUUUGAUGCGAAUUCUUUAUGUUUUAAAGGACGGCUAAGUCAUCACAAACUCAAGCUAACCAUUAUAAGUAAUAUAUGCUAAAUCAUAAGCAUUAAUUUCUGGGUGUUAUCUUAGAGAUUAUUUUACGUAUAGAAAUCUCAAUUUUUGUUUUGAUGGAUGCAGGCUGUUAACUUCUUUUCUUUUGCGGCUCUUUGAUAAACAUGACAGCAGAAACUAGUGCAGUCGGCUUAUAGAUUGUGGCUUUUAAAAACAUUUAUAAUAUAAUCAUGUAGGUUAGCUGUUGCUCUGAAAAUUGAUGGAUAAACUUGAACUUAUGCUGAUAUAAUAAUAUAGUUAUGUAUGUAAUAUAUGUUUGAUAUAUAAUAUAGUUCAUAGACUAAGAACAAAGUAAGAUAUGUUUUUUUUUCCAUUGCAUAUUGAUGUAAAAGUAAUCUGCCUUAAAGUUUAAAUGAUCUGCCACAUAUUUUCUCUUCUGCUUAUCCAGAAGUUCCUGUCACUGUGUGUCCACCACAACCUGGAUGCUGGAGAUUCUGCCUGACCACAUGCCUCUGACUGGCACGGCCAAACACAAGUCCAUUUAUUCCAUUAAACUUUGAACAGAGUAAAAAUGAGGAAUGUUAAAAAUAAUGAAAGUCUGUCAAGAGGCCUACAAUGUUAGAUCUAAAACUAAGUCCUGAUAUUUUUCCCCAUACUUUAGACAAAUGUGACAGAAUUUUUCAGGCCAAAUUAUGCCUGACGCCAUCAAAUCCAGAGUACAGAAUUUUGCAAUUCUGCAUUGCCUCAUGCUUCUUUAAAAAUGUUAUUCAUUUAGAAUUUAUUUCCAAUAAGUAUCAUUUUCGUUCCCCUGUCAUUACUCAUUUAUUUUUAAGUCGUAGAGCAGAAGGUGACCCCAUCGUAGUUUGACCAUUAUAUAUGACCCAGAUUCUUACUGCUGUGUCCACCUCCAAUUUGGCCAUACAUUCCAGAAAGGUUUUUAUCUGUUUAAAGUUAAAGUUUUGUCAGCCUUGUCCUACCACUGAUAACCACAGGUCACUGGCACAGACUGUCGCAUGCACUAAUUUAUCAUAAUCACCCUCAAUUAUCUGCUCUUCCAUAUUGCCCCAUCUACACUUCGUCUAUAGAAUGCUGACAUAACUCUAUUUUUUUUUCCAGACCGACAUGUAAAUAGAAUAUUUCACAUUCAAUCGCCUCUGUCAUAUCCUUGGAUUUUCCUCAUAUUUCAUAUAUUUAGCUCUGCAAUCUACUCACACUGUUUAAGACUUAUACAUAUCUUUUACACUGAAAUGUUGUUUUUUUACUGAAGUACAUUGUAAAAGGCUAGAAGAUGAAAAUAUAAUCCUCAUAAUACAUUAAAAUUAAAUGGCACUGAUGUGAUUAUCUUCACGUCAUUAUUUGUAAUUGUUGAACAGUGAAUGCUUGAAUAUUCAUUUCAUGCAAAUUAGCUUUUUAUUGAAAGUUUAUCACACAGAACUGUUUGAUGGGUUGUUGCACCCUCUUUUUUUUUGUUUUUAAGUUUUGUAUUUUUGGCAUAUGAUAAUUAUCAAAUGAUUUUUAAAGAAAUAAAAAAAAAAAACAUAUUUAUUAAAACAUAUUUAUUAAAAUAUUUAAAUAUGUUGGUUUUAAAUUUUAUUUAAAAAAAAAUUAAUUUCUUCCUUUGAAGGAAAAGAGCAGACAAUCAGUAUCAGCAUACAUCUUUCUGAAAUUGUUUUUUUUUUCUUUUUUUUUUUAAAAUAAAUAAUUCUUUCAGAGUCAUACUAAUGACCACAGAAUUAUUAUUAUAUUUUAAAAAAAUACAUAGGAGAAAAAUGUAACCUUUUAGCAAACAAACAGAUUUUAAUAGGAAAAAAAUAUGACCUUUUAACAAAAAAAUAUUUCUUCCUUUGAAGGAAAAGAGCAGACAAUCAGUAUCAGCAUACAUCUUUCUGAAAUUGUUUUUUUUUUCUUUUUUUUUUUAAAAUAAAUAAUUCUUUCAGAGUCAUACUAAUGACCACAGAAUGAUUAUUAUAUUUUAAAAAAAUACAUAGGAGAAAAAUGUGACCUUUUAGCAAACAAACAGAUUUUAAUAGGAGAAAAAUAUGACCUUUUAGCAAACAAACAGAUUUUAAAUUCAUGAUUUAUUUGGUUAACUCAAACAUUAACACAUAUUUUUUGUUUCUAAGUGUUUAUACAUUGGUAUGUAUAUAUAUUUGUAAAAUAUCACAGUCAUUAAAUUGGAAGUGCAGUAAAAUAAACACAAUUUUAUUGAUCUAAAAAAAAAAAAAAAGUUUGUUUCAUCUGUAUGUGUUAAAACACAAUGUUUUACUAUGGGUUCAUUAAGGUAAGAAAAUUAUAAUUUUAAAUUGACAGUUUAAGAAACAUCUCUGUCACAAUUUGAAGAAAAAUAUAUUCCAAACAGAAAAUUGUUAAAUUUGAUGUUAUAAUUCUUGACAUAAAAUUUUUUAAUAUUAAAAUAAUGAUGGAAAGAAGAAAUUUUAAAAUAAAAUUUGAACUGCAUUGGAAAGAUAUAUUUAUUUGCAAUUUUCCUCAUAGAUAAUUAACAAAUCUUCAUUUUGUAACAGUUCUAUAAAAUUCCAAGACCUGACUGGUAAAUACUUUUUUUAAAAUAAUUAUUCCGAUUUUUGUGUCUUUUGUUAUCAACAG